AUGCUACGGACCGGCGUGUUGGCCGGAGCUAUGCAAAUAACAGAUUCCGGAUGCCUUCACGCCUGCCUGCCGCGGCGGCGCCGAGCUCCAAUCGACUGCCACCCAGCGACGCGCCUAACGGGAGGCGGUGUCGCAGCAAGAAUGGUCUCGGCGUUCGUCAGUUGUUCUGGACAACUUGUCCAAGCUUCCGGUAAGGCCCCGCGGCUGCCGACCGGCUGGCCUGCCAACGCGCGCAGGCAAUGCACGCGUUCCGCUUUGGGCAUUCACUUGCCAUCGUGA